UCAAUUCACAAUUAUUCCAAAAUAUUCGAUUUUUUCAAAAAUGUUUAAUUAUUUUAUUUUUUAAUUAUCUGUUUAUUUUUAAAUUCUAUCAUUUAAUGUAAUUUAAGAUCGAUAAUUCCUUAUUACUUAUCGAUUAGUUUUGUUAUAUUAUAUGAACUCUAGUUACAUCACUCAACAAAAUUUAACGACUUAAUGUUUUUUGUUGUUUUUUUUAUAUCAAAAUAAUAAAAUUCUGAAUUUUUGACUUCAUUAUGUCGGAUAAUAUGGAAGAUAGUCCAAGAGAUGCUGGAAAUAUGUGUCUUGAACUAGCACUAGAAGGUGAGAGAUUGUGUAAAGCAGGUGAUUGUCGUUCAGGAGUAGCAUUUUUUCAAGCUGCUGUUCAAGCAGGGACAAAUGAUUUGCGGACAUUGAGUGCUAUUUACAGCCAAUUAGGAAAUGCAUAUUUUUAUUUAGCAGAUUAUCCUAAAGCUUUACACUUUCAUAAACUUGAUUUAGCUUUAGCAAGAACACUUGGUGAUAAACCAGGUGAAGCAAAGUCUAGUGGAAAUCUUGGUAAUACAUUAAAAGUAAUGGGAAAUUUUGAUGAAGCUAUGAUAUGUUGUAAACGACAUCUUGAAAUUGCUAGAGAGUUAGAAGACAAAUUAAGCGAAGGAAGAGCUUUAUAUAAUUUGGGAAAUGUUUAUCACGCUAAAGGUAAACAUAUUGGUAGAGUUGGACAACAAGAUCCAGGAGAAUUUCCUGAAGAAGUGAAAGUUUGUAUUGAACAAGCAGUUAAAUAUUACGAGGAAAAUUUAAAACUGAUGAAAGAACUUAAUGAUCGUGCAGCUGUUGGCCGAGCAUGUGGUAAUCUAGGUAACACUUAUUACCUUUUAGGUAACUUCAAAGAAGCUAUACAAUAUCACGAAGAAAGAUUAAAAAUUGCACGAGAAUUUGGAGAUAAAUCAGCUGAAAGAAGAGCAAACAGUAAUUUAGGUAAUUCACAUGUUUUUCUUGGUGAAUUUGAAGAAGCUGCUGACCAUUACAAGAGAACUUUAGUUCUAGCUCAAGAGCUAGAAGACCGAGCAGUUGAAGCUCAAGCAUGUUACAGUCUUGGAAAUACUUAUACAUUGUUGAGAGAUUAUAACACAGCAGUAGAUUAUCAUUUAAGACAUCUAGAUAUAGCUCAAAAAUUACAUGAUCGAAUUGGAGAGGGAAGAGCUUGUUGGAGCUUGGGAAAUGUUAAUUUGGCCCUUGGCAAUCAUGAAAAAGCCUUAUACUUUGCUUCUAAGCAUUUAGAAAUAUCCAAAGAAAUUGGUGAUACAGUCGGUCAAGCAACAGCUCAAAUAAAUAUUGUUGAUAUUAAAAAAUCUUUGGGUUUGUCCAAUGGUCAACUUUCACCAGAAAGUAAAGAAUUAUUAGAAGCUAUUUCCAAUACCCAACCAUCACCUCAAUUAAGGCGUUAUCGGGUGAGACGUCAAAGCAUGGAACAAUUAGAUUUGCUUAAGUUAACUCCUGAUGGCAAAGGAAAAAUGAAUAAUUUGAAUGAUGAUCUACAUCAGGCCACAUUAUCAACAACUAAAAAGAAUGAUAAAUCUGAAGAUGAUCCAUUUUUUGAUUUGUUAUCACGAUUUCAAUCUGGACGAAUGGAUGAUCAACGUUGUACUCUAGGAUCUUCAAGAAAUUUGGAAGACAAGGAAAAUCAAAGCUCUAACAAGCAAUCUACUAAUUUAGGAAUACACAUUGAUAGUCAAGAUGAUUUGUUAGAUAUGAUAGCUGGUAUGCAAAGUAAGCGUAUGGAUGAACAGAGAGUAGAGUUGGAACAACUUCCCGGCAUUGCUAAACCAGAAAAUGAACAGCAGCCAGAUGAUAACUUCUUAGAAUUAUUAAUGCGAUGUCAAGGAGAAAGGUUAGAAGAUCAACGUAGUGAACUCCCUGUUAAUAACAUAAGUAGUGAUGGAGAAUCUCAGCGCACACCUAACCGUGGUCCAACAGUACCAGAUGAAGAUUUUUUUACUCUUAUCAUGCGUUUACAAUCUGGAAGAAUGGAAGAUCAAAGAGCCAAUAUAACAAUUUCUAAAAAAAGCUCUGAUUAGUUGUUCUGUAUAUUUAUUUUUUAAAUAAGUAUUUUUUUUUUACUAGAUUUUCAACUUCAUUAGCAGUUUUAUAAAAAUAAUGAUUUAUUUAAAUAUUUUACUUAAGUAUGAUUUUAUACUUAAAACUACAGCAUUGGUGUUAUUUCCUAUGUAGUUAACAUCCUAUACUAUAUAAAUUAUUUUUUAGAUUGAUCAUUUAUCUAGUGGUUAAG